GGCAGAGGCACAGGCUCCCUAGAAGAUGGGCGACUGGGGUUUUCUGGAGAAACUUCUGGACCAAGUCCAGGAACACUCGACGGUGAUCGGGAAGAUCUGGCUCACUGUGCUCUUCAUCUUCCGCAUCCUCAUCCUGGGCUUGGCGGGGGAGUCCGUGUGGGGGGACGAGCAGUCGGAUUUCGUGUGUAACACCAAGCAGCCAGGCUGCACCAACGUCUGCUACGACAAAGCCUUCCCCAUCUCCCACAUCCGCUACUGGGUGCUCCAGUUCCUCUUCGUCAGCACCCCAACCCUGAUUUACCUCGGCCACGUUGUCUAUCUCUCUCGGAAGGAGGAGAAGUUGAAGCAGCAGGAGACUGAUCUUCGGGCUAUCCACAGUAAAGACCCAAAAGUUGAGCAGGCUCUGGCAGCUGUGGAGAAGAAGAUGUCCAAGAUCUACAUGACAGAGGAUGGACGGCUCAAGAUCCGAGGGGCACUGAUGUGGACGUAUAUCAUGAGUGUGAUCUGCAAGAGCAUCUUUGAGGCAGGUUUCCUAGUUGGCCAGUGGUACCUGUAUGGUUUCUCCAUGGUGCCCCGUUAUGUGUGCAAGAGGGACCCCUGUCCCCAUCAGGUGGAUUGCUUCAUCUCCCGCCCCACCGAGAAGAGCAUCUUCAUCAUCUUCAUGUUUUUUUUGAACCUCCUGGAGCUCUUCCACCUCUGCUGCAAGAGCCUAUUUAGCAACAUCAAGAAGGCAUCGAGGGCAGGUGCCCUGAACAAGGACACUUUUGCCGACGACGUGGUCUCGGGUCCCUACGCACCCAAGCACUACCCAUUCCUGCCCAUGGCUGAGAGCCACAUGCCAUCCUACCAGACCUACAACAAGCUCUCCAGCGAGCAGAACUGGGCAAACUACCACAACGAGGAGAACCUGGCACUGGGCAGUGGCAGCAGGCCCCUGUCAGACCCCUACGCCCCCCCGGCUGCCGAAGCCUCUGCCCCGGAGGAGAAGCUGUGCAGCCGUCCCGGGAGCUCAGCCUCCAAGAAGCAAUAUGUGUAG